AUGGAAGGAUCCAGCUCUUCAGACUCGCCAAGCGCCUCGCAUGACGGCACUUCUACGCUCGACUCCGAGCUAGGUCGCAGCGUACUCAUCUGCUUGCUUCGUCUCGACUUGCGCAUUCACGACAACCCGCUUUUCUACUAUGCUCAUCAGACUCACAAACCCAUCGUCACGACCGCAGAAAAGACAGUAGAUCUUAGCAAGCUCGAAGACGAGGCACUUCUGGGCUCCACUGCUGACUACCUCCUCCCCGUCUUCGUCUUUGAUGAGCGAGAGGUGGAACUCAGCGGUCUGCCCGGUUAUCAGAGGAAAGGUCCCGAGGCGCGUACCAAAGAGUACGGCUUCUGGAAGACCGGCGGCUUCCGAACCCGUUUCGUCUCGGAAUCCGUCUAUGAUGUGCGCUCCCGCCUCCGAUCCGUCGGCUCUGACUUGUUCAUUCGCUUUGGUAUCCCAGAAGAUGUCAUCUCUAACCUCGUAAAGGCCUUUCAAGCCGAGGGAACCCACGUAGAAGGUGUUUGGUUGCAAAAGGAGAUGACCUAUCCAGAGAUCAACGUUGAGAAUGCCAUUGUUGAAAAGCUUCGGGGCAGCGGUGUACCUGUUCAAUUUGUAAACGGCAAGACCCUCAUUCACCCUGCCGACCUUCCCUUCGAAAGCAGCGAAACGCCUGAUGUUUUCACACCCUUCCGCAAGAAGGUCGAGGCAUUGGGUGCCAGCAUGGUGCGCCCAGUCAAGCACCCUCCUGCCAAGUUCAAGAGCUUCCCACCUGGCGUCCCCUCCACCCCCGAUUAUGCACUUGAUGUCUCGUACGAAGUUGACGUCGACGGUCUUGCACCACGUGCGCUCGAGACCAAAGACAAACAAGAGGGUCAGGUAUCGUUCCACGACAUCCUCCGCUUCCUUCUAACUCCUUUGAAUGACUCGCAACUUCCACCGACACUAGAAGCCAGUGCCUUAUUGCAGCAACGCCAUCCCGCCUCCGCCUUUCCGCUGCGCGGUGGCGAGUCAUCAGCGUUGGAACGUCUCGACUGGUACUUUGUUCGCGGCAAGUCGGCCGACUCGUCGCGAUGGGGCAAGUCGGAUCCACCGCCCGUGGCCAGGUACAAACAGACCCGCAACAACCUCAUCGGUCACGCUUACAGCACCAAAAUGUCGCCCUUCCUCGCCUACGGAAGUGUCUCUCCACGACAAAUUUGGGAGGCGUUGGACGACCACGAAAGAAAGUUUGGCGAGGAUCAAAACACCUACUGGGUCCGUUUCGAGUUACUCUGGCGUGACUACUUUUUCUUUGUUGCCGAAAAGUUUGGCCACCUGCUCUACGAUCUUGGCGGCUUUGAGCGCGCCACCGAUCCGCGCCAAGCCGCCAAGAAGAUGGAGGAUGGCUGGUGGCGCAAGUGGGAUCCGCUCAAGGAUGGGCCGGAUCACGAGAUGACGCGACUGCUCGAAGGCCGUACCGGCAUUCCCUUUAUUGACGCCAACAUCCUCGAGCUGCGAGAAUCGGGCUUCAUGUCAAACCGUGGUCGCCAGAACGUGGCGAGCUUCUUGUCCAAGGACCUCGGCUAUGACUGGCGUAUCGGUGCCGAGUUCUUCCAGUCGCAUCUCAUCGACUACGACCCAACGUCUAACUACGGAAAUUGGCAGUACGUCGCUGGUGUCGGAAACGAUCCACGUGCCUCGCGACAGUUCAACACGGUCAAGCAAGCCAAGGACUACGACUCGCACGGUGACUAUGUCAAGCUGUGGAUCCCGGCGCUUCGUAACUUGCAUGCCGACUACGUGCACACGCCGUGGCUGCUCACCGCCGACGAGCGAAGACGCUACGGUCUCAAGACGACCAAGAUGGACGUGACUAUUGACGGGUACCCAGCGCAGCCGCUGUUUGAGCACGAGGGAUGGCAGCGGCAUUACGAACGCAAGCAGGGCGUGGGUUCCAAGAUGCACGGCAACCCGCAAGAAAAGGUCAAGGACGGCAAAGUACCGCGCCGUCAUCGGCCCAGCUGCCGUGUACAAGCUGCCACGUAUGGCGCCUUAUCCGAUGGAAGCAGCUUUGACCAACUGUCGGCAACGACUGGCACAUUGCACGGCUUGGACGGCAGCGGAACACCACGCAACAUGGUCCCACCACUUCGAGGCGCUUCUGGAUCCAUUGGACCCUCCCAUCACGCACGCCCCAAUUCGAGUUUCCCCAACCUCGGCGCGCUCAGCAUUGGCAGCGCAUCCGAACGCAGCGGAUCGCCCUUCGGCACGUCGCCCGCGGGGCAUUUGUCUGCGAUCAAUAAGUUUGCUCGCACAGCGCCCAGUGGUGCACCGGUCAACUUGGCAGCACCCGUGGGUCGUGCUCCCGGUAACGCCUUCGACUUUGGUCCCGGACGAACCGGAAGCGCAUCAAGCCUUGAAUUGCUCAAUAACAGAGCGCGUCGAGCCGGUACCACCGAUGGCAAUGGCGGUAAUGGAGGUGAUGCAUAUAGUGGUGCUCCUAACUCGGCUGAUGUCGUCUCGCACAUAGGGCCUGCUAAUAAUAGCAACGGUUUAGGUUAUGGAAACGGAAACGGAAACGGAAACGGCAACGGCAACAGCAACAGCAAUGCGCAUGCUUCUCAGACCGUUUCUAAGGCCGAUCUUGAGACGAGCUGGCGCCGAGGUUUCAAGUAG